UGGCUGUUAAAGUUUGCGGAAACGUUCGAUCGGGUUAGAAAGUUGGAAGCGAGAAUGGCGUCUGACACGGAUCUUAAAUUGUCUGAUACUCUAAGAUACUACAGCAGCGAUGUGCAGUUGGCCAAAGAGCUGCUGUACCGCAGAUUGCGCUGUUUGGCCAACUAUGAAUUAGCAAAUAAAAACCUGGAACGGGCCAGAGCGAAGAACAGGGACAUAAUUAAGGCCGAAAGUGAUCAACAGAAUGCGUGCCAAUUAUACGAAAAGAUGACGAAGCAGGCUCGAGAAGAACUGGCUAAUUUGAAAGUUAGAAGAGUGGCCGCUUUCAAAAAGAGUCUCAUUGAGCACGCUGAACUUCAAAUGAAACAUGCCAAGGAGCAUGUUAACGUUCCGCGCUGA